AUGGAAUAUGGAGUACGAUCAUUAGACAGCUAUUACGAUGACAGUUAUGGCAAUUACACCAACAGUUCCUUCACCAAUAAUACCACUGACAAAACUCCGGAUGACGACAUUACGUCUCAAUACAUUGCACCUUCCGAUGUUUCGGUCGAUGCGGUCCUCAUUUCACUCUAUUGGAACGCUAUCGCUUUUGUUAUCAUCAUGGCAAGCUAUGAAUGUUUACGGAGGCUCCUUCCUGCCGUGUAUUCCUCACAAAUCAAACGACAAUUCAAGUUGGGUGGAAUGCCCAAAGACGAUGACGAAGACGAAGAUGAAUUUACGGCAGUGGAUGAAGUGAGUUCACCGCCUAGAAGGCAUCGUGGAGUGCGCAGUUCAUCGGGAGCUUCCAUGGCCUCCCAUCGUCCCUUGCCUGACAUUGUGUCGCCCUAUUGGGUCACAUCGGUCUUUGCGGUCAGUUGGAAUACGGUACGCAAAUACUCGGGCUUGGAUGGCUACUUUUUCUUGAGGUACAUUCGAAUGAAUCUGAGGAUCUGCGCGGUGACUGCCUUUUGGGCCAUUGUCAUUUUGGUGCCGGUCUAUAGCACGGGCAAGAUUCAAAACGGCGAAAGUGGUUGGUACCAUUUCAGUAUGGCCAAUGUGGCCAAGGAUUCGUGGCGCAUGUGGAUUCCGUCCUGCUUUGCCUAUCUCUUUACGGGGUUCAUCUUUUUUGUCAUUAAGCAAGAGUAUCGACACUUUUUGGAGCUUCGGAUGGAUUUCUUGGCCCGUGGGUCCAGUCAUGUCAUUAAGCAACAUCACUAUUCGUUACUGGUGGAGAAUAUUCCAUACGAGCUACGAAGUGAGGCUGCGUUAUUUGAAUAUUUCAAUGGCCUUUUUCCUGGAAAAGUACACAGUGCUUCAGUGAUUCUGAACCUCAAGGACCUCGAAACCGUCAAGGCCAAGACAACUCGAGUUUGUCGGAGACUGGAAAAGAGUAUCGCUCAUUACCAUGCGGAAGGCAAUCGACCAACGCACAUUGUGGGCAGUCCAAGGAUCAACAUUUUGGGUGUGGAUCUGGCUCCCUUUGAUUGGACCUGUGGUUCCUAUCCCAAUGUGGCCUAUGUGGACAAUCGGACCUUGAAUGAACGGCCCGCCAAGGGAACCCAUGUCGACUCGAUAUCCUAUUAUGUUCAUGAUUUGGCCUUUUGCAAUAUGCAAAUGGAUUUCAUGUCGAAACGAAAAGUAGAAAUUGCUUUGUCUGGAAACAAGACUACGGACGCUACCAAUUGGGUGGCCAAGCUCAUGAUAUCGGCCUACGAAGUCGCGGAUCAAAUCUUGGUGGAAUCGGCCGAAGACAAUGCACUGAAGGCUAACCACACUACUAACGUUGAAGAGGAAGGAGGAAUCCUUCAGGCAGAACUCAUGUCUUCCUUUGCACGAUACGGUUCCUUUGGUCCACCGGGUGUAUCCACUCGAGGAUCCAUGCUCUUGAAAUCUGGCGAUUUGGAAGAAGAGAAACCGGGAAUGACGAAGAUACGGGUCAAUGAUUCCUUUACCUUGCUUCCGGAUAAAGGGUCCAGUCCAUCCAACGAAUCACGAUCUACGUUUCCACCAGAUACCUUUGAGCCAUAUGUCCUUCAAGACAUGUCCAAAUCUUCCAGCCUUGCGCAGUCCUAUGACGAUGUGCCCACCAAAUUCACUCGGGUCAAUAGCUUUCGAAGACUCGCCGGAAGACUCGGGCUUGACUUUGUCGUUUCGGGCCUCAAGUUUGCCAAUAGUCAGCUGGAUCAGACGAAUGUGGGCGUUGUCCGAAGUACCAUGUCGUCGACUGGAUUUGUGACUCUGCUGGACUUGACGUCGGUGACUACGGCCGCGACGACUCCAUUGACUUCCAAACCUGGGACACUGGCAGUGAAUGUGGCCCCCGAACCCAGAGAUAUCAUUUGGGAAAAUGUCAACAUUACCAAGAAAAGUCGGGACCGUCGGGAACGAGUAGUGAAUGUGCUCUUGGUGCUCGGUCUAUUCUUCUGGAUCAUUCCCUUGACACUGAUUCAGCUCUUUGCGACGGUGGAAUACAUUGCCAAAAUUCCAGGAAUGGAAUGGAUUGCACGCGAGGAAGACGUUUCGAGAUUUGUCAAGGGCUAUCUUCCGGUCGUUGCUUUGCUAUGCUUGAUUCUGAUCCUUCCCGUCAUUUUCAAGUUUAUCGCGCUCAACUACGAACGUCGAAUGACCUAUUCCGAUGUUCAGAAAUCCAUGCUGGGACGAUACUUUUACUAUCAACUCUUCAAUAUUUACAUUACCGUCACAGCUGGUAGUUUGGGUAAAUCAUUGUACGAGAUUAUCAAUCAUCCAUCCGAGUUUUUGGAACUUCUUGGUGAAAAGUUCCCAACCAUGGUCGGAUACUUUAUUGCCCUUCUGGUCACCAAGGUCUUGGCUGGAUUGCCCAUUGUCUUUGUUCGCAUUGGAGCCCUUUCGAGAAUGCUUUUACAACGUGCUCUUUCAUCGAAUCAAAAGCUGACGCAACGAGAGCUGGACGAGAUUUAUCGGCCUGAGAAUGUCCAGUAUGGGUGGGAGUAUCCGUCUCAAUUGUUGGUGAUUGUCAUUGUGUUUACGUACGCGGUGAUUAGUCCCAUUAUUCUGCCUGUCGGGGUCUUGUUCUUUGCUGGAUCUUUGGUGGUGUACAAGAAACAAGUGUUGUAUGUGUAUCAACCAGUAUAUGAAAGUGGUGGAGCCUUUUUCCCAGCAGCAUUGCAACGAAGUCUCUUUGGAUUGGUCUGUGGACAGCUCACUUUGAUUGGGUAUUUCUUGACCAGAGGUUUUCGAAACAGCGCACUAUUUCUCUUGCCGUUGCCACUGUUCACCAUUUGGGGAAUGAGAUAUUGCGACAAUCACUUUGCUGAUCCAUCUAAACGAUUGAGUUUGGAAAGAGCCCGAGAAUACGACCGCGUCAGUGACAUGAGAGCCAAGUCGAGAUACAAUCGAGAUGACGAAAUGGGCAGUGGAAAUGAAGUCCGUCGAACUCAAUUCAACAAGGACUGUUACCGGCAGCCAGUGUUGACCCAAAAAGCGCUAGUGCCCAAAGCCUAUCGGCGGGGACAAACAGACCCGCUAACCUUUGAUUGCUGUCAAAAACUCAAGGAGCUUCAACAGUACUCGUUAAUGGAGGAUGGCGAAGUAGUAGAACAGACCGAGUGA